AUGAGGGAAAAGUGCGAGCUGAGUUCUCAACACACCGAUGUAAGAGUUUUAUUAGCUCUUAGCGAGAGAAAGGUUGCCACGCCCCACCAACCGAUCCAAAGACCCAAUAGAGCCGAGAAGGAGUUUCCGAUAGCAAAAAUAGGGACAUAUGCACAGGUAGCAGGUGUUUUGACGGUUAGAGGGCGCCCGGCCUAUUUUAUCGUCUGGUGGUUUGUUAUGGAAGAUGGCGAAUUUGUAGAUUUUUACGCGAUUCUGGGUUUGACGAAGAAUGCCACCAAGGAAGAACUUAAAAAACAAUACCAUUCUCUUAUAUUAAAACAUCAUCCUGACAAAACAAAAGUAGAAGAUUCUGUUUCACAUUUCUGUAAAAUUGAUGAAGCCUGGAAAACUCUAAGUAAUGAUCAACUGAAAAAUGAAUAUGAUGCAAAACUAAAAGCUUGGGAAUUGAAAAAUACACAUGCAGUACAUGAAGAAGUGAAAAUUAGUAGUAUGAAUAAAAUUUCAGACGAGAGUUACGAGAGAAGUUGCCGUUGCGGCGGAUCUUACAUACUAGAUCCAGAAGAUUUAAAGUACGGCAGCUGUCUCGUCAUAGAAUGCGACAGUUGUUCGUUAAAUAUUUUGGUUCAGACCGGACUUUAAGAUGUGUUUUUGUGUUAAGCAAGAAUUUGAAUGUUAGAUGAACACAAAAGUGAGUUGGUUUUAAUAAUUUUUGAGAAAUGAAUUAUUCUGUACAAUUAUUGAUACAAAGCACGUUUAUAAAAAU